AUGGGUGUUUGUAGGAGGGUGACUGGUGGGUGUUUCCGAUGUGGAGACACUAGCCACUUUCUCCGCGAUUGUCCCCACAUGUCAGAGUCCAGGCCUGCUGGAUCCCAGACUACAAUUCAAGGGUCCAGAAGGACUGGAGGUCCAGUGAGAGGAUCAAGAAGAGGUGGUAAUAAUCGUGGCAAAAGUCAGGGUGGACAAAGAAGUCAGGGUGAAGUGCAGCCACGAGCCUUUGCUAUGACUAGGAGGGAGGCUGACAUCUCCCCAGAGGUCGUUACUGGUAAGGAGCAAGCCGGGGGCUCAUCCAAAGGCAAGGGUAUAGCCGAGUGA